AAUCAGGAUCCGCCUCGCGCUCAGGGACCAACGGGAUUCGCGCGGGGUGAGGGGGGCGGGGCGCAGUGACCGGAAGUGCGGCCGAUCCGGAAGUAGCGCUGGGUGCACACGUGGGGCGCGAUGGGGAUCGGGGGCAAAAUCAACCGGCCGCGGACGGAGCUGCGCAAGAAGCUGUUCAAGCGGCGGCGGGAGCUGGCGCGGGGGCGGCGGCAGAAGCGGCGGUCGCUGUCGGUCCCGGCGGUCCCGGCCCCGCUCUGGGGGAAGCGGCGGCGGAAGGAGCUGAAGCGGCUGCGGGGGGCGGCCAAGAGGGCGCUGCAGGCGGCGGUGACCGACGGGAAGAAGCCGCAGAAGGAGACGGGAACCGGGAACGACGUGGAGAUGGCGGAGGCGGCACCGGAGUGACCCCAGUGCCACCAGUGCCCCCAGUUCACCCUGCUGCGCUCACCGGCCCCCAAAACCUCCCCGGGGCCCCGGCGCUGCUCCCGGUGCCUGCGCCAGCGCCACCAGUUUGCCUCCAACAGCGUCACCUGUGCAUCUGCAACGUCCCCAGUUUGCACCAGUGUCCCCAGACCGUAUUCCCAGUGUCCCUAGCCCCUGUCCCCAGCCCCCUCAGUGCCCCCAGUCCCUGUCCCCAUUCACCCCAAUGUCCCCAGCCCCUUUCCCAGACCCCCAGUGCCCCCAGCCCCUGUCCCCAUUCCCCCCAGUGCCCCCAGUCCCUGUCCCACCCCCCCAGUGUCCCCAGCAAUAAACUCUCUUCUCUCUCUGUC